AUGUGUAAUGGAUUAUCACGUGCUGCUGCCUUAAUGCACGUUUUACUGCUUAUACUCAGUUUCCUUUUACAGAGUCGUAAAGCGAAGAAACGCAAGCACGACGAGAUAGAUGCGCUUGAUGAAAUGCCAGAAAACAUCAGUUUUUAUAUUAAAAAUGGCAUUCGUUAUUUAAACCCGUACUGGAGUGUUUAUCGCACAUGGGCUAAAGGGCGAUGGGUUGGACGUCGUUUGAUCGAUAUUUUUGCAGAGGAAUUUGUUUCAUUGAGCCCGCAUUACCCUGCAGCAGCAUGUAAAUUAGGUCGUAUUUGGGUAAACUGCAAUCAGAUGACGAAUGUUAAUUACAUUGUGCAACAUAAUGAUUCGAUUGAGCAUAUAGGGCAUCGCCACGAACAUCCCAUCUUGGACCAUUACAUCAGAGUGAUCUAUAACGAUACUAACAUCCUGGUGGUGAAUAAGCCACCAAGUAUGCCUGUACAUCCAUGCGGUAGGUAUAGUGUGCACACAGUUUUGGGAAUGCUACGGGAACAGCGAGGCCUCCGUGGUCUUAGAGUUGUGCAUAGGUUGGAUCGAACAACAUCCGGUGUGUUGCUGUUUGCUAGAAAUGCUGAAACUGAUAUUAAGCUAAAAAAGAUGUUGCGUGUUGGUGAAAUACAACAUAAAGAGUAUCUUUGUAAAGUUGAAGGUGUUUUCCCGGCAGAUAAAGAGAUUGUUUGUGAUCGUCCCAUUGGACCGCUUGUUGUUUCGAUGGGUAUUCAAUGCAUUCGUGAUGAUGGCAAAUGUGCUCGAAGCCGUUUUUUGCGUUUAUGGACGGAUGGUCAAACAUCGAUCGUCCGCUGUAUGCUAGAAACUGGCCGUACUCAUCAAAUUCGUGUUCACUUGCAAUAUUUGGGUUAUCCAAUAGUAGAUGAUUAUAUUUACAAUACUGCUGCUUGGGGUGAAACGAAAGGCAAGGAUGGAAAUUAUGGGAAAUCACUGGAACAGCUUCAAAAAGAUGUUCUAGAAGAGCAUAAAGCGUCUAACUGGCACGAAUAUGUAGACCCUGAGUAUGAGAUCAGAAUACAAAGAAUUGCUGAAGGAGAGGUACAACCGGAGUCAGAAGGACUGGAUACAAAAACGCGCGAGGAAUACGAUCCUAUAUGUAUGCAAUGCAACGUGAAGAAGAAAGAUAUCACACCUGAACAUAUGAUGUUACAUCUGCAUUGCCUCAGAUAUCAGACUAGUGAAUGGUGCUAUUCGAGUGAGAUACCAAGUUGGGCCAUUAAGCCAAAUGGCAAUCAAGACUCAGGGAAAACAACAGAAGAUGCCCAGGGAAACAGAUAUGCAAUUCAUAAAUGA